AUGAAGAUGUCUAACGCUGACAUCGUCUUAAACGCCACCGAUCGGAUGGUGAAAUCUGUCCCCUUCCCCCUGAGCCACCGCCUUACAAUGAAGGAAGUGUUUGACUGCGAAGGGAAACCUCGUGUGGAUCUCCUGAAGGCCCACCUAACCAAGGAGGGCCGUGUAGAGGAAGCUGUGGCGCUUCGAAUCGUCAGUGAGGGAGCAGCUAUUCUGCGUCAGGAGAAAACCAUACUGGACAUCGAGGCGCCAGUCACAGUGUGUGGGGACAUCCAUGGGCAAUUCUUUGAUCUUAUGAAGCUGUUUGAAGUUGGAGGAUCACCAGCCACAACGCGGUACCUGUUCCUCGGGGACUACGUUGACCGUGGCUACUUCAGUAUUGAGUGUGUUUUAUACCUCUGGUCGCUUAAAAUGCUCUAUCCAAAGACACUAUUUUUACUUCGUGGAAAUCAUGAAUGUAGACAUUUGACAGAAUAUUUCACCUUCAAACAGGAAUGUAAAAUCAAGUACUCAGAGCAGGUGUAUGACUCAUGUAUGGAUGCAUUUGACUGCCUUCCCCUGGCUGCGCUCAUGAACCAACAGUUUCUGUGUGUCCACGGUGGACUCUCACCUGAAAUACACACCUUAGACGACAUUAAAAAGUUGGAUCGAUUCAAGGAGCCGCCAGCUUUUGGGCCCAUGUGUGACCUGCUGUGGGCUGAUCCUUUAGAGGACUUUGGCAAUGAGAAAACCCAGGAAUAUUUCAGCCACAACACAGUGCGAGGCUGCUCCUACUUCUACAGUUAUCCAGCUGUAUGUGAGUUCCUACAGAGCAAUAACCUAUUAUCAAUUAUCCGGGCGCAUGAAGCACAAGAUGCCGGCUACCGGAUGUACCGCAAAAGUCAGACCACUGGAUUCCCAUCCCUCAUUACCAUCUUCUCAGCACCAAACUACCUGGAUGUUUACAACAACAAAGCUGCUGUACUGAAAUAUGAAAAUAAUGUCAUGAACAUCCGGCAGUUCAACUGCUCACCUCACCCCUACUGGCUGCCCAACUUCAUGGAUGUUUUCACCUGGUCUCUGCCAUUUGUUGGAGAAAAAGUCACAGAGAUGCUGGUCAAUGUGCUGAGCAUCUGCUCUGAUGAUGAGCUCAUGAAUGAUGAAGAGGAGAUCUUUGAUGCCAAUGCAGCAGCAGCGCGCAAGGAGGUGAUCAAAAACAAGAUCCGUGCUAUUGGAAAAAUGGCCAAAAUGUUCUCAGUUCUCAGAGAGGAGAGUGAAAAUGUGUUGACGCUUAAGGGCCUGACGCCCACUGGCAUGCUGCCGAGCGGGGUUCUCUCUGGGGGCAGACAGACACUGCAGAGCGCCACCAUUGAAGCCAUUGAAGCCGUCGACACACAUGAUGAGGACGGAGAAGCUAUCCGCGGGUUCUCCCCCCAGCACAAGAUCACCAGCUUUGCGGAGGCUAAAGGACUGGACCGCAUCAAUGAGCGCAUGCCACCUCGCAAGGAUGGGGUGAACCACGUGGGUCAGUCCAUGGGAAAGAUGAAUAUGUCAGAGGCAAACGGCACGGAUGACAACAGCAACAUCCAGUGAUGUGCUACCUGAGCCUCAGAGCCGUGCUGCUGUUGCGCUAUGCAGCAAGACAUUGCCAAAUCGGAAAUUCAGGCCUCAGGCCCACAGACAGAACAUAAAAUCUGCAGCAAAUCUAAAACGAGCGAAAAAGGCCAUUUAUUUCAUGACAGUAUGUCACCGCACAGAUGGGGGAGGGGGGUUAACAGCAGAGGGCAGGGAUAAGGAGAGGCCAGCGGGCUGCAGCUUGACUGAAAGCGUGUGGUUUAAAGUUGUGUCUGCCUGUUGUUCCCUUUCUCAGUUCAAUUACAGACUGCAUUGACGGGGGUUGUGUUGUUCUGCGUGCUGACAGAUGUCUGCUCCUUCAUUACAGGGCCUGACAGACGACAUAAUUGCAGUAUCCAUGCCACACAAAUUAUUUUACUGUUUUUUAAAGUGUUUAUUAUGAAUCACUCACAAAUUCACUUCAUGAGGAAAACAAUCUUGUUUACCAUCAUGUUUUGCAAGUAUUAACAAGCCACAACACUUUGUGUGAGCGCAAAAAGAAAGGAAGCAAAAAUUAAAACGUGUAUCUUGUAAAUCUUGCAGUGCAAUCUUACCAGUGGACUUUAAUUUAUUGAUUUACCUUGUAGUAAGAUGGCGUCAUCCUGCAAGGAAAAGAGGACAGGAUGCUCACGUGUGCUCUACACUAACCUCCAUCAAACCUUACCUUACUCUCACCACUCUCCACUACUGCUCCUUUCCUCACCUCCCUCAUUACCAGUCAUCUCCUAGCAAGAAGUAACUUGGAGGGGUUGAGGGAAGAUAGGGAGGGGAUGAAAAGAGCUCACUGUAAGUACCUCAGCAUCACAGAUAAAACACCAUCAUUAACAUCUGAAAAUGUCCCUAAAAGGAACUUACUGUCCCAUAUGAAGAUGCAACUUCUUAUUAACGUCCAUGUUAAGUGAACCUCAGAGGGUUAUAUUUUUUUCCAGACCAUCCUCAAAGUUAUUUUCUUCCUGUCUAUUAAUUGAUAAAGCAGCUCAUAUCAGAGCAGCAUGGCAUUUGAUCAAGCUAUACCUCACACAUGUUCAGAUAUCAGGCAAUUCACUUUCCGGAAAGUGAUCAUCCUCCGCUGAAAGAGGGUUCGAAUCAUGGUUUCCGCAUCACUUCGGCAUUGCUAAGACUGCCAACAAAGUGGCACUAACACCCGUUGCUGGACUACAGAAAGAAAGAGGGAUUUUGAACUUUUGGACCCGCCCUGCUGUCACACACUACCUGAUUAUUUCUCACCGGCUUUGUUGCUAAAGCAAAAGACAGUCACUCAAGUAUAUGUUAGCACCCUUUGAGUUUUUUGCACAUUUUGCUGUGCUGCCAAGUCAAUGAGGUUUCAUGCCUAAGGUCUACAAAAAGUACUAUCAGAGUGAGAAGGAAAUUCUACAAAUUUGUGAAUGCUUGAAUAUAUCCCCAUUUUACCACACACAUUUGUGUCAUUUGGAAUAAACAGGUUUAGAUCCAUCCUGAAAUUAAUUUAGGGGAUUUGAAUAAUGGACAAAAAAUGUGGAUUAUCUUAAUUUAAAGUUGUCAGAAGCAAUUCCUUAAUGCAAACUGAGCACAUUAUGAACCAGAUUUGUGAUUUUGAAUCCAUCUGUAUUUUAUCUAUAUGUGUUAAUCACCCUGCUUCAGUGUUUUUCAGUUAGUUGCUGUAAUCCAAUUAUACAGUGGAAUUCAGUGGAGAAACAGGCAGAAACAUUUCACUGACAAGUGCAAACACACUAUGAUCCACAUAAAACACAAAUUUCAUGUCCAAAUAUCAUGUCAAAAUAAAGUAUAAAUAGUGCAUAAUAAUGCCCUUUGUAUCCUAAAAUGGAAUGUUGCACUGCAGAGGUCUUUCUGACUGACAGAAAACACAAAAUAUUAAAACGAGAAACACUCUGGUUCUUGAUUAUAUAAUUUGGAAAAUCCCACUGAAGCCACGAACUCAAGCAACACAUAACAUACAUUUCUAGGAUCUCCUUUCAUACAUGAAUAUUUUUUCUACUUUAUAUUCCAUCUUUCUAUUUAACAAUGAAGUUAUGUGAAUUAAGGAUGGACAGAAACAGUGAUUUUUAACACAGCAUCUAUGGUACGGAACGCAUCAAUGCAUGCAAUUAAGUUCCUAAUUGUAAUGUGAGAUUAUAAUUGUGAUACUGUAGUUGUGUUUCGAAUAGUAAACUUGAAUUAUUUUAUUUUUGAAUUCUAUUUGUAGUUUCAUUUGUCUUGUUUUAUACAUUUUAUAAAUAGGCUUCCUUUGAUUGGUUUUGUCCAUUUUUUUCAUUCUGUUAUUUAUUACCACUGCUUUUAAAUUUUAUAUUGAUUUCUUGU